GAAAUACCGCAUAACCCCGUUGACUGAACUGUGCACACAACCGUACCGGUAACUGGUGUAAACAAUUUAUUGAAUGUGAAGCGAGCUUCUGCACAUUUUGCUUCCAAGAUCGAGAAACUCAAUGGCUAGCGACGUCACAGACGUGUGUAAGAAAUUACAGGGAGUGCAGCUUCAGCUGAGUCUGGUGCUGACCAGGAAUGAAGAUGUCCUCAAGCACUUGGAAGAAGUAGAGAAGAUUUUCUUGAAGAGUGGCUCCUCAGCUGACACGGAACAUUUCACCAAGAGUAUCCGGCAAUCCAGACAUAUCAGUAGCAAGCUGGAGGAGAGCAUUCAGACACAAUGCACCUCUAUCGGACAGGCCGUCUCAGAACUGGAGCAGAGGAGAGCAGAUGCAGAAGAACAAAGCACUGGAAGCAGUACACCCAGGAAAGACAGACGCAGGUCAUCUGAAGGUGACAAGAUGUCGAGCCUGGAGUUCCAACUCAAGUCUCAACUAAACCACAAUGUCCUCCUCCACAAGGAGAAGGCAGAGCUGGAGACGAGACUCAAGGAGCACAUGGAGACCCUCAAGGAGUCUGGAAAGCAGGCUGACAAACUGGAUGAGGACAUCGUGGAGACCAAGAAACAGAUGAAGAGUCUUCUGGACAUGUUUGAAGGGAAAGCAAUAGAGGCUGAAAAUAGAAUUGGUGAACUGCGUGAAGCAAUGGAGAGGACACAGGAGAAAGCAAGGCAGUACCAAGCCAUGUAUGAGGCUGAGAAGGAGACUAAUUACAAGCUAGAGAAGGAGCACAAGGAGGCUGGAGAAAGGACCAGGGUCAAGAUGGAGAAUGGGGAUGAUGAGGGUGAUGGACUUGGACCGGUCUUAGUAUCAAGAUCUCAGACGUCGUCGGCGAAGAGAGCAAAGUCAACGCCAAUUGACCCAUAUCACAUUGUCCCUCAGUACCAGUGUGUUGUGGAAGAGAACAAGGUUCUAAAAGCAGAAGUAGAUAGAUUACUGAAUGAUAAUGUACAUCUAAUCAAGAAGAGUAAGCAAGCACAGAGGGACAUUGAAACCAUUCAGAACCAUGUUGCAACCUGUUCAGGACAGAGGGAUGAGUUGAGGAGAAGACUGAAGAAAGAACAGGAUGAUAAACGGAAGCUUUCCUCAUCAAUGACGAGGCAAGCAUCAGAUUGGAUUACGCAGAAGAAGAUGGUGAAAGACAUAGAACAUUAUAGUAAAGCUGGCAAGAUUCAACCAGAGUCUACAUUAUCAGCCAGUGCACGCUAUAGAAGCCAUCCACUCAAAGUCAACGAAGACAAACCCAGAAACAUUCCAGUAGAGAGUUGGUCAUCUGAAAACCCGCUUAGAGCUGUAUGAGAGAGAGAGAGAGAUGCAUGGUCCUUUUAGAAUCCUAGCCCCUUCUGUGCCACUAAAUUGAACAAUUUGUCAUGAAUGUCACAGAUGCCACAUAAAUGAAUGAUUGUCAUGACAUUUCAGCUGUUAUAAGUAUGUCUAAAACCUUGUUCACAUAUGCAGCAGUAAACUGCAGCCUUUUUUUAACAUUUCCCAUCUUAUAGCACAGAGCAAAGUGAAUGUGCAUAGAUCCUUUGGUGCAUUCAGUUACCAUUCAUUUACACUUAAAAAAAGACACAGUACUGGUAGUUUACUGUGUUAUAUAUAAACAGGCCUUUGAAAUACUAAUUUCAUUUUUCAAUUUGGUUUAAAAUACAUUCCAUGGGAAUAUACUUCCUGAUCAGGCUAUGUGGCACACUUCUUGGGCAGACUUUAGUGCCCAUGGCAUGGAAGAGCUUUUUGCAUGAACCAAAACUACUCGCACUCUUCAAUUUGUGAAAUCUAAAUUUUGCACAAUUGGAAGUUGUAAGUGUAUGGAUGAUCAAACUGCCAGAAUAUAAAUACAGAGAGAUCUGUUCACAUAUUCCCAGGUCUGAUUUUCAUUUUUAUGUACAUGUACAUGUUAUAAUAUUACGAACCAGAGCAAAAUAACACUGAGUUCCUAUAGGAAAUCUAUUUAUUCAGAAGGUCGUAUCUCAGCCAAUACUUAACAUAUUCAAUUGGUUUUUGACAUUUGAACAUUAUUUUUGAUGCUCUUUUAGAAAAUGAAGAAAAAAUUGAGAAAUUCUAAAAAUAACUUAUUAUGAUGUCACAGUUUUGGUAUUCUAUAAUGUUUACUGUUUGAUAUCCAUCUUGUAAUCACUUCAACUGCAGUAUUUUGUUCUAUGCAUAUGAUUUGAACAUUGCGUAGCGUGAGUCCACCCAUUGAGAGGGCACAGGAACGCUGGAGGGGAGGGGGUGGGGGAGGCGCUUUAAUCUGACUCGGAAAAUGAAAUGCAAAUUUACAAUGCUACUGAUUAGGGGGAUGAUGUAGGAUGAGGUUCAGGCAUCUUUGCCUUCUUCCCUUCUCCACAUCCCUAUCUCUCUUUUCUCAUACAGUGUAUUUUGUUGCUGUUUAAAAAAAAAAAAAAAUUAUUAAGGGGGUGUGUCCCCUGUAGCUAUGCCACUAGAUUGGAAUGCGUUGCAGGGUGAAGUUAAGUUUAAUCUUAGCUAAGGAACCAUCCCUAAAAUGUAAGUCCAUUGUAUGUAAUCACAAUUGACAUAAAUGUCAUUACAGGGGUUUAUGAGUUGGAAAAAUUGAAAAGAUGUGUAGUUAUUUGUUUAGCUGGAAUACUUCUCCCAAAACAUAUUUGUAAAAGUGUAGUGAACCCGAAAAAGACUUGAAAAUCAACCUUUUCAGCUAAUUUCAAUAGCCUCAUGCUUCACUUUUGUAAUUUGCAAACAUUACAGAGCAAUGCGAGGUGAAGCAUAUAUGAUUUCACAGGCUAUUCAAUAAGGUUUUGAAGUUGCCUUUGAGUAUAUUUCUUUAAAGGCUUUUUGAUUGUGUUAGCAACAGAGUGUAUAUCAGUGUUUGCUGGAAAAUAAUCCAAUUAAGACGUUAAAACUCAAAAAAUGAAGCAGAUGUGGAUUUGCUUGUUCAUGGAGUGUCCCUCCCUUCUGUUAUCAUUACAUCCUGAGUUAGUCAGAUGUUGACAGUACCCUUAAAGCCAUCUUUCCUACUCGGUAUUACUCUCUUUUGAAAUCAUAUGUCUCAUACUCCCCUGCAGCCCUUGUCUGGCUCUGUAAGAUAGCUAAGAAUAUGCUUCAUUUGAUCAAUGCAAGGCUGAAGUGUAUUACAUCGUUUGUUGUGAGCCAUAAGGGCAUUAAAGCUAUGUAAAAGUAUAUGAUUAGAUGCCAUUCUGGCUUUCAACAAACGAUAUACUCUAUCCCGCCAAUAAGAAAACUACACCACUUUAAUUUUGUAUGAAACAUUUAUCUUAAUUGUUUGUUGUAUAUAAUGAUGCCUACAAGUAUUGCGUUUGAAUGCAAUUAUGUAAAUGUUUGUUAUUUGAUGAAUUAUUGAGUAUUUUUAUAUGAGACAUUUAGAAUAAUUAUUGUUUCACACUGCAUCAUCAUCAAAGAGUGAUUGCCUUAUUAGUUAAAUGAGAUGAUUUCUCACAUGUGAUAGCAUGUACAUGAUUGUGACUUAUAUGAUCAAUGUAUCAUAGCAAAUGAUCGGUGUAUCAAAGUAUAUAUAUAUAUAUAUAUAUAUAUAUGUUGUUGUAAAUACUUAUUUAAGAAGCCUAAAGUAUUGUUUCACACUUAUUCAAAAUGUUUCCUACGUUUGCAUUGAAUUAUGUUUCUUUACUUGAAUAUUCCUUGUACAUUGUUGAUCCUAAAAAAUAAGUUAUUUUGGUGGUCUCACACCCAGGGAAGGGCGUAUUCUACCUCCUCUCUGCCCUUUUUGGGGGUCAAGGUGGAAUAAAGUCAUUAUUCAGGACAAAUCAAUCAGGUAAUUUAUUUUGGUAUCAUCCUUUAACAAAACAUUAUUAAAAUUUAAUCCUUUUUGAAAAUGAUAUUAUAUUGAUUGAUAAUAAAAAGAAAAAAACAUAUUGACCAUGGGAUAUAAUGAAUUUACAAAUUUAUCAACAAUUUUUGUUUCUUUUUAAUAACUGUGCCACCAGCAAGACUAUUAUGCAACAUACACAAGACAAACAAGUAUUACCUGUAACCGUCCUAUUUCUCUUUGAACAACUUAUUUUUUGUUCAUUGGUAUAUCAAAUCUGACCUUUGUGCUGAAUGUUUUAUGAAAUACAUGUACAUUUGUAUUGAUAUGUUUCACCUCCGAUUCAUUUCUUUUGGUAUUUUAUUUUGAUUUGAUUUUUGAGAAUAAAAAAAUGUUCUGUAACAAUGUGAA